AAGUACACAACCAAUCAGUAAGUGUGAUGGCGUUUGGAAUCAAAUUACAUCAGGGGUCUCUCCGCCUUCUGCUCUUGGGCCUUCUGGUUCUUGUCGACUCCUUGGCCCCUCCUAUCGCACCGGCAACAGCCACACCCAUUCAUCAUGUCUCGCCUUCACUCAACCGAAGCAGUUUCCCAACUGGUUUCAUCUUUGGGACGGCAUCAGCUGCUUACCAGUACGAAGGAGCAGCAAAAGAGGGUGGAAGAAAACCGAGCAUAUGGGAUACAUUCACCCACAAAUACCCAGAGAAGAUAAAGGACCGUAGCAAUGGAGACGUAGCUAUCGACUCCUAUCAUCGUUAUAAGGAAGAUGUUGGGAUAAUGAAGGAAAUGGGGUUGGACGCUUACAGAUUCUCCUUCUCAUGGUCUAGGCUGUUACCUAACGGGAAGUUAAGCGGGGGAGUGAACAAAGAAGGACUUGAAUAUUACAACAACCUCAUCAACGAGCUUAUAUCCAAUGGUAUACAGCCCUUUGUGACACUCUUUCAUUGGGAUCUUCCUCAAGCCCUGGAAGAUGAGUAUGGCGGUUUUCUGAGUCCUCUCAUCAUUGAUGACUUUCGGGACUAUGCGGAGCUUUGCUUCAGAGAAUUUGGUGAUAGAGUGAAGCAUUGGAUCACCCUAAACGAACCAUGGAGCUUUUGCAUGGGCGCAUACGCCAUGGGCAUCCAUGCACCUGGGCGCUGUUCUUCCUGGGUGAACCCAAACUGUACUGGUGGGAACUCUGCAACCGAGCCAUACAUCGUAGGACACCACCAACUUCUGGCCCAUGCAGCUGCAGUCAAGGUCUACAAGGACAAAUACCAGGCAACUCAAAAAGGCAAGAUUGGAAUUACACUAGUGUCACACUGGAUGGUGCCUUUCUCAAAUGACAAGGCCAAUAAGGAAGCUGCAGGGAGAGCUCUGGACUUCAUGUUUGGGUGGUUUAUGCACCCAAUAACCUACGGCGACUAUCCGGAGACCAUGAAAUCCCUCGCCGGACAUCGCCUACCGAAAUUCUCCAAAGAGCAAUCCAAGAUGAUAAAGGGGUCAUAUGAUUUCCUUGGACUAAAUUACUACACUGCUAAUUAUGCUGCUAAUCUCCUACGCAUCAACAAGGUUAAUGUAACCUACAUGACGGAUUCUCGAGCCACCCUCACAACUGACCGCAAUGGGAUCCCAAUUGGACCAAGGGCUGGCUCAAAUUGGCUCUAUAUAUACCCACAAGGAAUACAAGAGUUGUUGCUGUACACAAAGAGAAAAUAUAACAACCCAGUUAUCUACAUUACUGAGAACGGAAUUUCUGAGGUAAAUAACAGCACAUGGACAUUGGAGGAAGCCCUCACGGACACUAUGAGAAUAUACUACUACAGUCACCAUCUUUCUUACCUUCAGAAAGCCAUCAAAGAGGGUGUAGAUGUGAAGGGCUACUUCGCAUGGUCAUUGUUGGACAACUUUGAAUGGGCUGAUGGUUACACGGUCCGGUUCGGUAUCAACUAUGUGGACUACAAGAAUGGAUUGAAGAGAUAUCCAAAGCACUCUGCCUUUUGGUUCAAAAAGUUCCUCCAAAAAUAGAACAAUCCUAUCUGCAGUGGAGGGUGAGGAGUGAUAGAUUGGGUAUGAUUUAAACUUUUUGUAAUUUUCACAUAAAGUGGCCACCCUCAAACUCGAACCCGUGCUCUCAUGCUUGUGAGCCUAAGAUUUUAUUAUUGCACCAAGUAAUAAUGGCUCCUACUAAUGUCCUCCAAAUACACUAUUCCGAGAGAAAUGAGCAGACUUCUUCAUGUUUUUUUAACUAGCUUAA